UUAAUUAUCAUAUAUAUAUAAAUUUCCGCGGAGGGUUUUCAUUUCCACCGUUAGCCCACUCUUGUUAUUCGAUUCCUCUUUCCACUUUCCGUUUCCCAAUUUGAGAUCUGUGAAGAAGAAGAAGCAGCAGCAGCCAUGGGUAAGGGUCCAGGUCUCUACUCUGACAUUGGAAAGAAAGCCAGAGAUCUGCUGUUCAAGGAUUACCACAGUGAUCAGAAGUUCACCGUCACCACCUACUCACCCACUGGAGUUGCUAUAACAUCAACAGGGAUCAAGAGAGAUGGACUAUUUAUGGCUGAUGUUAACACUCAGUUGAAGAACAAGAAUGUCACCACUGACAUCAAAGUUGACACCGAUUCUAAUCUCUUCACAACCAUCACUGUUAAUGAGCCUGCUCCUGGUCUCAAAACCAUCUUUAGCUUCAGAGUUCCUGAUCAAAGGUCUGGAAAGGUGGAAGUUCAGUAUGUGCAUGACUAUGCUGGAAUAAGCACCAGUGUUGGGCUCACUGCAAAUCCAAUUGUUAACUUCUCUGGUGUUCUUGGGAGUGACGUACUUGCAAUUGGUUCUGAGCUCUCUUACGACACCAAAAUUGGGGAGUUCACAAAAUACAAUGCCGGAGUGAACUUCACCAAAGCUGACUUGGUUGCCUCUUUGACUAUGACUGACAAAGGCGAUACCCUGAAUGCGUCAUACUACCAUAUAGUCAACCCCUUGAAAAACACUGCGUUUGGUGCCGAGGUGACUCACAGUUUCUCAACCAAUAAGAACACCCUCACACUUGGCAGCCAGCAUGCACUAGACCCCUUGACCACAGUGAAGGCUCGGAUCAACAACUCCGGCAAGGCACAUGCCCUUAUCCAGCACGAGUGGCGUCCCAAAUCAUUCUUCACCAUUUCCGGGGAGGUUGACACCAAGUCUUUCGAGGAGAGUGCCAAGAUUGGUUUGGGUUUGGCUCUCAAACCCUAAGGGAUUUUGAGCCAUCAUGGCAAGAUAGACAUUUUAGGAAGCAAUUAGUUUGUUUGUCAGACUGAAUCAUUUUCUUGUGGUUGUUUCUCUUGGAAGAAGGGUCCAUGGUAUUUUGAUUGCAGUUGAGCAAUUCAACGUGUAUAAAUAAGUACUAGAUUAUUUCUAUGAACCAAAUGGUAGCUUUUGCAAGCCCUCUUUUGUUAAACUGAGGAUUGAUGCUCAAUAUUUGAGGUUUUGACCUGCGAGAUCUGUAUCUGGUUGUUUUUCCACAACUACCCGAGCAUUUAUUUCAAUUGUGCUUAUCAGGUGUAGCUGUCAUUGCAUAUUUGCUUGUGAUGAACCAUUGACGCUUUCUGGCACUUUCACUUGCUAAUAAAACAUCAUAUUCAUAGGCCUCAAGUUGGGUCCCAAGAAAAUUUGCCUUCAUUUUUGUA